UUCCUCUCUGUUUUCUCUGUUUCAUUUCUCUGAAUGCCUUUGAAGUUUGAAUGGAUUAGUGGAAAGUCAAAUCAGUUUGUGGGUAAUGUUUGCAAGUGUUUUCUACUGAAUCUGAUCGUUUUUGUUUGGAUUUUACUGAAUUUUCCAAGAACAAAUUAGUAGUAUUCCUUGUACCAGCUGUAGAUUGUGACCCUUUCUCUACCUUCUCUUCAAAGGAAAGUUUCUCUCUCUCUCUCUCUCUCUCUUAAAUGGGGCCAAGGAAGCUGCUUCCCCUUUUCGUCGCUAAAUCAGGACCGUUGGAUUUAGAUCACUUCUACUCUCUAAAUUUAUUUUUAUGUUCAUUUUUGUGCGAUAUUGUCUUCUGUCGGCUGUUUUCUGUGGAAAUGACUCGUGGGGAUUUUCUUUGAUUCUCGAAGCUCUUCUCUUCUUUAUGCUUUGCCCCUUUGUUUUUAUCAGAAUCAUGGUGGAAGAGGAAGGAUCGGCGGAAGAAUGGCUGCUGCAAGCUCAGAAGCUUGUUCCUGUGGCUCUGGGGAAGGCUAUGGAGGUGAAGGUGUUCCCGGGGCGAUGGAAGGCGAUUGUUUCGAAGCUCGAGCGGAUUCCUUCGCGGUUAUCGGAUUUGUCGAGCCAUCCUUGCUUUUCGAAGAAUGCUCUCUGCAGGGAGCAACUGCAGGCUGUGUUGAAGAGCUUGAAGGAGACCAUUGAAUUGGCGGAGCUUUGUGUUAGGGAGAAAUUUGAAGGCAAGCUGCGAAUGCAGAGCGAUCUCGACUCGCUAUCGGGGAAGUUGGAUUUGAAUUUGCGAGAUUGUGGCCUGCUGAUCAAGACGGGGGUGCUGGGUGAGGCUACUCCGGCUCUAUACGUGUCGGGUUCUUCGUCGCAAUCAGAGCCUGCUGAGUAUAGCAACAUAAGGGAAUUGCUU